AUGUUUCCUACUGGUGACAACAGCAUAUCUGACGCCACAGUGAGCGCUCCGGGAGCGCGGCGAGCGGCGCCUCGGGCUGCGGCGGUCGGCGCCAGUCCGCUCUUGGCCAGUGCUGCAGCCGCCGCGUCUACCGCCGCCGCCUCCGUCGCCGCCGCCGCCUCCGUCGCCGCCGCGUCGGCCCGCCGCAGCACCGCAACAGCAGCUGCAGAAGCGGGCACCGGCGACCUUGGGGCAGCGGUGUGUUACUAUCUCUGGAUACGUGGUUUCUUGAAACAACGCAUAAUAAUUACUCCUUUGAAGAUUCACCAGGGAGGAGUGGGGAUCCAGUUAUUCCUGUACACAGGAUACAUAUACGUCAGACCAAGAGCUCAUGGAAGAAUUAGGGCGUAGAUGUAAUGCGCAUGGGUAUCGCAAUAUCCCCACGCCACGAAAACAAUUGAAAAAUUCGUGCCUUACAUGGUUUUCAAACCGGCAACCUUAGUUGUGCGUUUGCCUCCACAGAAUCCACGCGGCCAUUUUGCAGCUUGUAAGAUGACAGAAGACACGUAACUUAGGCAGUACGAGAAAGGUCGUACC